AGACUCAAAUGUUUAUACAAACCAAACAGAAAAAUUAGCUGAUUUCUAACAAUUACAGCAUUCUCAAUACUGGAAUGGAUGACGGAUACGUCCAUGAGGUUCCUAGUAGUUUAAAACAAUUGGCCCGACUGGUUGCCAGGGCGUUCUAUACCAUUGAAGACGCAUUGAUUGUUGACAUGCUUGUCAGAAAUCCAUGUAUGAAAGAGGAUGACAUUUCUGACUUAUUGAAAUUUGAACGUAAAAUGCUAAGGGGGCGGAUUUCAACUUUAAGGAGUGACAAGUUUCUCCAAACACGUCUUAAGAUGGAAACUGUGGAUGGAAAAUCUCAAAAAGUCAACUAUUACUAUAUUAAUUACAAAAUCUUUGUCAAUAUUGUCAAAUAUAAACUGGAUCACAUGAGAAAAAAAAUGGAAACAUCUGAGAGAGAUGCAACAAGUCGAGCAAGCUUCCAUUGUCCAUGUUGUAAAAAGAACUUUACAGAUUUAGAAGCCGACAGACUAUUCAACCCAAACGAUCCUUUUGGAGAAUUCAAAUGCAACUUUUGUGGUGCUGUCGUUGUAGAGGAUGAGUCAGCAGUACCCAAAACAGAUUCGCGCCAACUUAUGGCGCGAUUCAACGAUCAAAUGGAACCCCUUUACAAAUUACUAAGAGAGGUGGAAGACGUAAAACUCGCGCCAGCUUUGCUUGAACCUGAACCCACAGAUAUAUCCCAUCUACAAAGAGAUGCUGACGGUAAAAUCAAGUCUAAAGGGCCAUUGGGAGAGAACUGGUCCGGCGAAGCAACCAGACAAGGUGGUUUCCGUUUGGAUGAACAGCGGGUCGACGUCACUAUCGGCGAAGCGGUUGUCAAGAAAGGUGAAGUUCGCAAGGAGGCACCCAUAUGGAUGAGAGAAAGUACGGUCGACAACGAAGUUGCAACUACCAGUAGUGAAAAUCUUGCGGGACCUGCCAUAAUCGACGAGAUGGAAAUAGCUAGCCAGACUACCGAGAAAAAUCGUAAUCAAGAGGAUAUCAUGUCCGUGCUCAUGGAACUUGAAAAGCAAAGCACAAAAGCUGCAGUUCCUGGUGAUUCAAGUGACGAUGAAGCGGCGGCCAGGUCUCUGCUUGAACAAAUUACCCCUGCAACUGACACUGUACAACGUCAAGUCCAAUACGACAGCGACGUGGAGCUGAUGGAUAGCGAUUCUGAAGAAGACGUCCCUAUGGUCCGAGUGGGAGAUAUGGAAUUCCCUGUACAUGAAGUUCCAUCAGAGCAGAUUGCUCGGAUGACACCAUCUGAAAAGGAUGCCUACGUCCAACUUCACCAAGAGUACAUGGAACGAAUGGGAUAUCUCGAUUAACCCUCACCUGACAGCUGUAGGAUGUUCCAAAGUGGUACCUGGUGUAAUAUGUCAUCCGCCCGCUAGAUGGACACCCGUUAUCUCUAUCAAUCAUUUCAUCUAUCAAGGUACUGUACGAAAGCAAAGAAAUAUUCUUUUUCUUUCCUUCUUUUCUUUCGUUUUUUUCCGGUUGCAUUUGAAAUGAGACAUGGGAUAUUUCUCAAAAUUUACAAACUCUACUGAUGCGAUUACACUAUGAUUGAAUUUUUAAACAUUUUUGACGAUGGGGAGGUAAAUUUGGGUGACGGUGCAAUUUUAUUAACCUUACAAUGGGUGCGGAGUAAAUUAUAAAACAAAAUUCUGGAUUUGGGUAGCCUUUCUGACGUAAGAAUCUGUUUGCAGUGUUAAAAGCGCCGACAAAAUCGUAAUACUCCUUCCGGUUAUCCUCAUUUUUUUAUGGUCCCAAUUUUAAGUGAAACUCGUGCUCGCGGUUCGUUUGUUGAGCUAUUCCAUCCCUCCGAAAAUAUUGUAAGUUAGGAAAGAAACGAAUGUAGCUCUUGUUACGUCAAUGGGUCUACCUGCAAACGACGGUACGAUACUUAUAUGUACCGGCGUCGUUUGAUGUAGAGGCAAUGACAUUUAUUCGAAAGCUAAUAACUGUCGUCAUACCUUGGUUUAGUAGAGUGCACCCUCGUCUAUCCCACAUAACUUUAUGCACAGUAACUACCCACCGUCUCGAAAUCUUUUAUCUUCAUUCUACUGUAGCACCGAUGCGUGGUGUCGGAAUCUCGAAUAGACAAGACAUUAUAUUAGUGAGCGCAAGUCGGGCCCGAAAGACGUUAUUGGACCCAAACUUGUGACUCACUGAUAAGCCUAACGAGCAGUUAAUUUCCCUUUUUUUUUUUUGUUUGAUAAAAUGAUCCGGGUUUUCGCUGGUGUAUAACCAGUUCAAAAUAACCUGUAUGAGGUAGUUUUCUAAAGUUUUUAUUUUUACCGUGUGAGGUGGGCGAUUUGCGUUGAUUGACUCUUUAAGUGUACAUGUCGAAAAGAAAUGAAAAAAAGGUGUGUCUGCAUGUUUUCUCGACGCGUUCCGUGUACACAUGACAUUCGACUCUUUAGAGUGUGUAUAGGGGCGGACGCAUUAGAGUCCCAUCUAAAGAUGCCAUUAGGUCUGUAUAUGUAAGGCCCGAAGGCUAUAUACAUUAUACCGAAAUGGAAAAAGAAUAGCUGAAAGAAGACGACAUAUAUAGAUUCAAAGACAGCUAGAAAAGAAAAAAAGAACAACGAUGCUGGGCGGCACUUUUUUUUUUGAAGGCGCGGUGGCCAUUGUCUUGCGCACGUCGGCUUCCUUUGUCGGCGCGGGGGGCGGUCAAAGGUCACAUUAUAGCCAACAAUAAAAAGCCAAUGGCCGAACGGGAGCUGUGUGCGCAGCAGCAUCACUCGCAAACAGCAACGCGCAGUCCACGACAACUCCCCCAACACCCAACCAGCACCAAACAGAAAACCGGUGCUGGCCGAGCAUGCGGCGAAUUUAUAGCGGAAAAAAAAAUAUGUUUGACCAUUUCCAUAUCCUUUCUUUUUUGUGUGGGUCUUCACCUGAUCUCUUAGUGUCCUCGAUAUGGCGAAUCCCACAAAUUUAGCUAAAAUGUGCAUGGGAAAAAAUUGUAGAAAUUUUAUCCAAAAAGAGGGGGGAAAACCUGUGAGAAAUUGGGGCAUCGAAGCUAAUCCGUGGACUGCCGUAUAAUGUUUCUAACUCAUUUGGGACUAACCAAUUCCUUUUUUUCGUGAUGAAGAGGGGACAGACGAUCAAUCCAUCUCGCCGCGCUCCCACGCCUACAACUUGUCUAAAUAUUCCGCCUUCCCAAUGUCUUUUUUCUGCUUCUCAACAAAUACCCAAAUCUAUAUGCCUUUAUGGUCCAAGUACGUUCAAAGCCCUCGCAAAAAAUUAAUUUUUGCCCACUGUGUAAUCGUUUUGUACUCUAAAACAAAAAAAGGGUCAAGAUCAUUCGCUUAUCUCUUCGAAGAUAAUCCGUUGAUCCGCUAGAAAUGCCCCUUUCUUUUAAAAGUUUUGACUCUAUCACCACCAGAUAGAAGCCACCGUCGUUUAAAAUUGUCUCUUUUGCAUUGCGUCACGAUUCACGACGUGAAAAAAAAUUGUAAAUUGCGUUUUUUUUUAAAGAAGGAGAAAUUACGGGUUCGUAUUUUUAUUGCCGUCAUUUCAAACGUUUUCGUCUUCCCCGAGUGUAAAAAAAAUUGUGAUUUAACACGGGAAGAAAAUUGCCAAAGUGGUCGGCAUCGGUUGACAAGGUGCCGCCUUUUUAACCGAAGACGCGAUGUGGCGUGGGAAAGGGUCACAGCAGCAAAUCAAUUGAGUCAUCGAAUCUAGCCGUCGCCGGGCGAUAGCAAAAGAGUUCGUGUACAAAAAAAUAUCGUGGGAAAAGGACGACGAUUCUCUCCGUCUACAGCGUUUCAUCUUCACCGAUAUAUACCUUCGCUCGAAAGAGCUGGCGAAGAAGGCAUCUCGUAUUUGAACACAGAAUUUUUUGAAAUCCCGAGAAAGAAAACAAAAAAAAGAAACAAAAACGAUGGCUCCGGCCUUUUAAGUCCCUCCCUUCCGAGCCUCCCAAAAAAGGUGUGACUCGCGCAAAAGGGCCGCGCACACAGCCACUCACAAAAUGGCCGCGGUCGAUGUUUAACCUACCUAUUCUUUAAAAAAAAAUAGAUAAAUUUGACUCUCCGGUGGUAACCUCACACAGGUAGGUGAGGGUAAUGUUUCCAUAUUUGUAGCCACAUGUACGACACUGUGUACAUGUAGUCUACGUCCACCUACGGCUGUAUAGGUGGGAGAAAGCUUCUGCUGAAUCGAUCGCACCGGCCCGCCGCCAAAGGUGUGUCGGCAAGAUUUCGCUAAAUGCUCAUCCGUCCUAUCUUGUGUGUCUAUGUGUGUAAAAGGUCUAUGUGUAUAUACGCUUUGUUUUCGGCUAUCGAUGCCGAUACCAUCCUUUUUUAAACUUGUACUGUCUCUCCUUUAAAAAAAAAAAAAGAAAGAGCGGGGGGGGGGAGAGAAAAAUAGGAGGGCUAAAGUAUUCUGUCAAACGAAACAAUAGGACUCUAUCAACAAACUGGACAAAUUGCUGAUAUGUGUAGGUUGUUCCACGAACCAUCUUGCGCGUAUGCAAUUGGAUUCUGUCCCCACGUUUUUAUAAGACAUGAUGCGUCAACAGAAGGGGGGUAAGUGUACAGUAAUGGUGGGAAUCUCUUUAUAUUAUGUCUGUUUAUGUAAAUAUGACAUAUCCACCUAAUAAAGUGUCAGACUUCGUUGGUGGUUUCGUAUUUUUCUCGUACUUGAACUCUAUCAAAUCACGAAUCGCAGCCUUUUGUUCACGCGUUUUUUUUUUGUGUGUGUAUGUAAACGUCACGACCGGAUGAUGCAUAUCAGUUGCUUUUGUGUUAGCGACACUUGUAUGUAAAACUGGAAUAGACAAAAUGGGGAGCUAGUGGUAUGCAUUAGCACAUCUAAACGUAGACUUGCUAAAGAAAAAGUGAGAAAAGUAACAAUUAUGCUCGUUUUGUUAAAGUAGCAAAUGAGCUCUCAUUUUCAUGAAUGGCAAAACGGCAUAGUUUUGUUUCAUUUACGCAGACUGCUGCCGUUAUAGCGCUUGAAUGCCAAAAGUAAUGUACAAUCGAGCACACACCAAACGUUCUGGUGAUAAUUCCUAUCAGUCAUACACGCUUAUGACGUACAUCACCUAUUUUUGGAACUGUGCAUAAGUACUUUUAUGCUGUAUGCAAAUAUUGACCUGUCAUGGAAAUGUAAAGAAACGUCGGGAUUGAACGUGAA